AUGAAGUUUUUAUUAGCAAUUUUUAUCUCCAAAAUAGUGUUGACGUUUUCAGAAUGCCCAAAGCAUAUGGUUUCUAAUGAAUGUAUAGAUUUGACCUAUCAUUAUAAGAUUGAUAAUAAAGUUUGCGCUUCAAAAUGCCCUUCAAAAUUUAGUAAGAAGUGCGUACUUAGUAUAUGCGCAGGGUGCAACCUUCCAACAUCCCCUAAAUUAUUUGAGCUUGAAUUUUCAAAAUCCCAAAAUCUAUCACUCCCCCCUUUUAAAAUUGGAACAAAAAAUUUUGUUCCAAUUUAAAGGGGGGUUAAGAAAAUUUUUUAUGAAAAAAAAAAUUUCAAAAAUUGAUCGAAUUAAUAAAUUUGUUUAAUAAAACGCUAUUUACUCUUCAUCCUAAAAACAAAGCAUGAUAUAACUAAAUUUUCAUAUUAGUUAAUACGCAACUAUUAAUUGGUAUUAAAACUAUUUACACAAAAAUUAUUAUUUUUAUUGAUAAAAAAAAAAAAUUCGAAAAUUUAUCAAUCAAAGUGCUAAUUUUGUUUAAAUAAGAUACUAUUUAUACUUUAUUCUUUAAUAUAAAGCAAGAAAUAAGCAAAUUUUGAAUUUUUUGUAAAGAAUUCGUAUUGAAUUUAUAUCAAAAUUAUUUAAAUAAAAAUAUCAUUUUUAUCGAAAAAUUAAAACAUUUUAAAAAAAAAAUUUAGCAAUUAAGGAUAAUAAAUUUAUUUAAAUAAGAUGCUCUUUAUAGUUUCUUCUUUAAAAAAUCAAAAUAUAACUAAAUUUUUAAUUUUAGUUAAGAAGAAGCAUUUAACUUAUAUCAAAACCUUUUACAUAAAAAUUAUGAUUUUUAUAUAUAAAAUUUUUUAUUAUAAAAUUAAAUUUAUUCGAAUUUUAAAGGGGGGUUAAUUUACCAAAAAAGUGGAAAUUUUACCUAUAUUUUGUUCCAAUUUAAAUGGGGGAGUCAGAAACUUUUAUAGCAAGCUCCAUCGAUGCCGCAGAUAAAUGAAUGAAUCCUUCAGGAGUGUCUUAUAUUUUAAGCCAAACUGCUCCACUCCCUACAAUAGACCGCGGAUUUUAUUUUGCCCAAACUUCAUCUAUAACAAGCAACCAGCACUAUAUCCCAUCUCUUUAUUUUACAGCAAAUGCUUGGAUUUUUCCGUAUAAUCAUGGUAAUAUUUUGACUGUAAAUUUAAAUUCACAAAACUAUAUAGAAUGAAGGUAUUAUGCGCUGCCUAAAUUGCUUAUCUACGCUGGGCAUUUUAAAAUUUUCUCCAACGCUUGAAGAAAAUCUCCAUACGUGAAAAUCUCUAUAUUUUACGUGUGAAAAUUUUUUUCCAAAUGUUCAAAAUGCCAGCCUAGAUAAGCAAUUUAGGUAACACAUAAUAUGAUUUUGAUGAAAAUGGAUGAGAUACCUUAAUUUUUAUAAUUAUUGCUCAAAAUUCAAAUGAUGAUAAUGAAAAUGCACUUAAAAUUACAAGCCCACCAGUUGAUUCUGUGUGAAAGUAUUAUUCAAUUCAGAUUAACCAAGUAGAUUGUAGCACAGUUUAUCUAUCUAUUUAUAGUGAAGGGACCCCAUCAAAUAUGCUUGUGGACAAUCUUUUCACUCUACAAGAAGCAAAUUUUCCAAGUGGAAAUUAUUUGUGAACAAUUGGGAAAUCAGGAUCAGGCUCUUUCCAGGGAUUCUUAUAUUGAAUUGAAGCGAGAAAUGACUUAACAUCGGCUUUUUGAGACUUAGGUAAAGAAUCUUCAUGUUAUGAUAAUAAAUAUUCUGAUGAUUGCAUAGCGUGUGAUGAUUCUUGUCAAAAAUGGCCUUGAUGUAUACGAUCUACUGAUUGCUCCAUAUGCUAUGCAACAGAUUGCUUAACAUGCGAUGGAUAUUCAGCUGGAAUGUGCACAAAAUGUAAAACAGGUAUACUUCCUUAUUGUUGCGACUGGCUAGCAGAUAGCUGCAAAUCAACUUGGGAUAGCUCUGGUUGUGCUACUGGAAAAGUUCUUAUUGAUGGAAUUUGUCUGUAUGCAACCCCAGACGGAUCUAGUGAUUAUUCUGUACCUAUCAUUUCAGUUGAUUUUACUACUGAUUUUGCAGGAGUUUAUGAUCCUUUAAUAACAUCAACGAGCGCAUCUAGCUAUAACUACUGAAAUUCCCCAGAAAGCACAGAUCCGCUACCAGCAAAAAUGAGAGGGCUCUAUUUUAUUCCUGACACUUACUUGGUAGCACCUAUAAACUUGUGUCACACAUUUAGUGUUCUAAUGUGGGUUUAUCCAAUUAAUGACAUUAGCAUUAACUUUAUUAUUGAGAGACACCUAUUACCUAAGGUUUCCCCGGGUCUACCUUCAACCUUACUGCUUCACCAGGUUGCUCACCAGCGAUCGAUCACAACCUUCAAAGUGUUGCUCCUACUGGACGAGAAUGUGUAUUCGCUUCCCGUAGUUGGGUGAGUUGUGCCACCUAGCAGUGCAUCAACAGAGGCUGCCCAUUCCAAAAUUUUUAAAAAACAAAUUAUCUGGUAGGAUUGUCAGUCAAAUGGAAGUUCAAAGCCUGAAAAAUAACGCCCAGUUUAAUGCUAGGGACUUUCCCAUGGACUAAGCGGGUGUCCUUGGUGCUGCUGAGCUUCCCCUUUCCUACCUUGGAAGACCAUUUCUCAGAGGCAAAAAUCCUGGCAUCAGAAUGAGCUGCGGCCGACCAAAGUUCGACGUUGCGCUCGACUGUGCCAAGGAAAAAGCCUAGUCGGAUAUCCUCCUCGAGCACCAAUUUCCCUUCCACAAGGUCACCGGCUACAGGUUUUGAGAAAAAGGGCUGAUUCACCAUCGCGAUUUUAAUGUAUAUAUUAUCCAAUUAGUGGCACUUAUGUCUGAUUCACUGGAAAUAAAAUUCUUAUACAUUCUAAUGGAGCAAUUGAUGUUACAUUUGAAAGAUCAAACGGAACAAGUAUAUCUGCUUCCGCAUCAUUAUCAAUAAAUACGCACCAAUGAAACUGCAUUUCUUAUUCAGUUCAAUAUUUCUAUAAUGGAAUUUCAACAAUCACGCCUUAUAUUGAUGCUUUACCUGAGCAUCCAACCACCAUAGAUGAUUGCGUUUUUAGACCGCAUUCGGGAGGAUCGCUAUAUCUUGGGUCUUCCGACUUUUAUGGAUUCAUAAGCUAUUUUCAAUUAUGACAGAAAACUAUUCCAAGCUUUAUGGAUGGUAUGAAUUAUUUUAAUUGUGAGCCAGGUUCUAGUUUAGACUGCUUAUGAAACUGCGAUUAUGAUCACUAUUUCGAUGGAUCGAGCUGUGAAAAAUGCUUAGUAUCAUGCAAAAAUGGUUGUGUAAGGGCAGAUUCAUGUGGUCUUUGUGAAAACGAUUUAUGUCUAAAGUGCUCAUCAUUUUCAACUAACUCUUGCAUAUUGUGUGCAGCCAAUGCAUCAGGAAGCCCAUGCGAAUGCAAUAAAGGGUAUACUCAAACGCCUGGCAAAGCUGAAUGCUUAGCAUGCUAUAAAUUCUGCUCAGACUGCACUGGGCUGCUUUAUUAUCAAUGCACAUCAUGCAUAUCGGGUUAUUAUUAUUUAUCUAAAGCGAAUGUUUGUUUAUCUGAUUGCCCUUUAGGAUACACGAAAUCUACAAACGAAUGCUUGUUGAAGGAAGAUCUCGUUUUUGACAUAAGCUUAAGCAGUAUCAGCGGAAUCAUUUAUGAUAGCGCAAAUUCAAUUCCAGUAAUUACAGGGUCAUUAGAUAAGUUUUAUCCAAAUUAUGAAGACGAUGAUCCGAUAAGUGCUUAUUUAAGAGGCUUUUAUUUUGAUGGAAAAUCUUCAGUUAUGAGGUUGCCUGACUCCCCCACUCCGUGAGCGAACAAAAAUUUCUUUAAUAUAUAAAAAUUUUUAUAAAAAAAAAUAUUUCGCAAUAUAAGUGAUAAUGAAAUAUCAAACUCAUUUUAUUUAAGUUUUAAACAGCUUGCAUUUUAAAACAUAAAUUUCGCGAAUUAAUUAAUUUUAAAUUUCUCAAUUUUUGCUUUUAUAUUUCGAAAAAAAAAUUACUAUAAAAUUUUUUAAAAAAAAAAAUAAGCGAGAGGGAGGAGGAGGAGUGAGUAUAAAACUUAUGUAACACCAAAACUAAAUAUUGGACCAAUUUUUAUGAUUUCUAUAUGGUUAAAUAUUGAAAAUGAAAAUUCAUCUCUGUUUUCAAAAACUGAUAUUUCUAACAAUUAUUCAACCAUUUAUGCUAUCAUUUUAAGCAGCUCAAAGCCUGCUCUUCAGUUGCUGAUUAAGGAUUCAGUUGUUUCUAUCGCAUGCCAGGCUCCUCUCAACUCUUAUAAGUGAAGUCAUUUAGCGUUUUUAGUAAAGCUUGACGGUAAUGGGAAUACUGUUGUAAUGUGUUACAUAAAUACAAAUCCAGAUCCUAUAUCCACUGCUGGGUUUGGAUAUUUUCAAGACAUUAACUUAAAUGCAGCUACACUCAUCGGAGCUCAACAAAUAUCUCAAAAUAUAGGGAACUUCUUUCAAGGAUUUUUAUAUGAGAUAAAAAUCUUUAAUACAGAUUAUGAUAUUAAGUUAUUGGCGGCUACAUCUUGCUUGGAGAACUGUGAUGUUUGCCAUGUAAAAGGAUCAUGCUUACCUAAUUGUAAAAUCUUUGAAUAUUGGGAAGGACCUGAAUAUGAUCAAUGUUCGAAGUGCAACUCAAAAUGCAAAGGAUGCAAGGAUGCUAUAGGGCUUCUCCUUGAAUAGCCCGAUAACGGGAUGAAGCCAGCCCGUUAUCGGGCUAUUCAAGGGAAAGCCCUAUAUGCUAUCUAAAGUUAGAUGUUAGCUAUAUUGUCAUGCAGUCACCAAAACCUCCUGUACAAGAGGUUUAUCUGCUUUUCGACUCCAGCCCAGAGGGUCUGUACCACUUCCGGUGCCUUUUGUCUCGUCCUUGCCUUGCCGGCUUCAGUCUUGAGCGGGCGGCUCAUGGAUUUUUAAAGGCGAUUAGAGUAGCUUGAUUCCAAGAAUCCUUAAAUCUGUUGGGUGUUGAAGUGCCUUUCAUCAAUUGCUACAGAAAAAGGCGACUCCCUGUAGCCUGGGCUGAAGCCUGAACUUAUCGGUAGAGAAUGCCCGUGGGACCUUGGAUCCAAAAGGUGAUGUUGAACACCUCCAUUUUCAACCACAGGAAAGCAGCAAAGACCUCCCAGGAUUUACACUUUUUGAGCCUGAACUUGAUUCUCGGCUCUGAGUCAAUCCCAGCUCGUCGUAGCCAUAAGGUCUAGACUUUUGCACCAAGAGCCAGGUUCACUCGUGUCGCCAUUUAAUGUAUAUAUGGACGCAAGGAUAGUCGAGAGUCUUGCUCAGUUUGCUAUAGUUCCUUAUGUGAGACUUGCAUCGAUUAUUCUGAAAACGGAUGUAUAACUUGCAAAUCAAAUGCUUCUCUCAUGAACAAUACGUGCAUAUGUGAUACUGACUGUGACAACAGCGCUCAUAAUGAAACUACAAAUUCCACUGACCCUACUUUUUUUGUAACCCUUUUAGUAUUUAAAAAUAAUUCUUUAUCUCUUAAUUUUUCAGAUCCUUUGCAAAAUUCUCUGAAAGCAAAUAUCAUUAAAAUAGCAAUAGAAGAUAAUCCAGAUUUCGCAUGAGAACUUGAGCAGAUAAAUACGACAUAUUAUAGCAUCCCAAUGAAUAUCAAAGAUAAAAUCAAGCAAGAUGCGAUAGUAAACGCCACAUUUUUUGAUUUAUCACAAGUAAGAUCUAUUGGAAAUGAAACUCUAAAUUCUUCAACAGUCAGCUCAAAACUCAAUAAGUAUGAUCCAAGCCCUGAUAAUUUAGUAGUAGCUGCAAUUGCUUCAAAAGCUACAGCAGUUGUGCAAAGUGCUGUGAUAGGGAGUAUAGCUUUAUCAUUUUUAAACCCCAAUCCAAGCUCUUUAUGAGGCUUGAUGAACUGCUUACAGAUUCUUAGCUAUUUAUCAUUAUCUGGAAUUCCUUUUUCUGACAAAAUGAGCCAAUUUUUGUCAAAUUUGAAUUCUUAUAACCUUUUUCCUAAUUUUUUUGAACAUGCAAUAGAUGAAAAAGAUGGGAAUAAAGCUUAUGCUCAAGCUCUUAAAUAUGGGUACAAUACAGAUCAAAUUUUAUUAAAUCAAGGCGAUGAUUUCUCAAUCAUUAUAGCUUCAAUGAUAUCAUUGCCAUUUAUAAUAUAUUUAGCAGAUUGCUCAUAUAGAUUAGUUGGCAAAAGGUUUAAAAAUUUAUUCAAAAAUUUAAAAUACUCGUUUUAUAUAAGAUUCUGACUGCAAUGCUACCUUGAGCUUGGUGCUGCAGCAGCUGUAGGACUAGUGAAGUUAAAAAGUGAUAAUGCAAUUCAAAUAGUAAAUAUUGUUAUUUGUUUCGGUGUAUUUUCAUUAUUAAUCGCUUCCCCUAUUGCCUUUUUUUAUUUUACCUAUAAAAAUAGAUACAAAAUCCAAAGAAAUCAAAGAAACUUCGCACUGCUCUAUGAUUCAUUUUUUUAUGAAUUUCAAACUGAAAAAGGCUUUAUAUAUUCUCUUUAUUAUUUUGUUUUCUUUAUAAGAAGACUUUUGUACACAGUCAAUUUAGUGUUUUUGUGUGAAUACCCAAAGACUCAAGUCUUUAUAAAUAUUAUAUGUUCUUUGAUGAGCAUUUUUUAUUUAAUUUUUUAUAGGCCAUUUAAAGAUAGAAUUCUACAGAUAUCCAAUUUAAUAAGCGAAAUUAUGAUAGGUGUUAUUAUGUGUGCAACUUCCUUUUAUUUAUUUGAAGUAAGCUCAAGCAUAAUUUCUGGCAUAGAAAAUGCAAUUAUUUUCAUUUCCAUGAUAAUUAUGGGAGCACAGUUUUUUUCUUCUGUUAGUAUUUUCUUGAGAACAAUUUAUCAAAUUAUUAGACAUAAAAUUCAUCGGUAUAGAAAUGAUAAGUUUAGUAUUCAUCCAUUACAAGAAAGUAAAGUGGUUCUUAGUUAA